AUGGGCAGAGACAAGAACCGCAAGCAUCGUCCACGAGCUUCGAGCGUCACUCCACAGAAGGUCGACUCUCGGACGGACUACGUUGAUCUCACGAAAACCGACCCAUGGGCUCAUCAAGCAAGACUAGCCAAACGAGCCCAGUCGGUUGGACCUGCAUCCAUCUCAAAACCCACCCUAUUGUCACCUGCGUUCUCCGGAGAAAAGACCACGGGAAACAAGUCGACGCCACGUUCUGGUACCGUCAUCGGCGUUCCUCACGACCCUAACAUCGACCCCCGCCUUGUAUACCAGCGGGUGGCUGCCUUUAAAAACAAUGCCCAACGUCAUCCCUCAUCUUUCAGUACUGUAAUGCUCGAUGAGGAGGAGGAGGAGGCUACCGGGAAGAGUGACGACACUAUUCGCGACGAGACCCCCACCCCAGGCCAGAAAGAGGGGAGGGACAAGAAGAAGAAAAGGUCGAAGCACAAGGACAAGGAGAAUCAAGAGGAUGUCGCCAAGACAAGAGUGACAAGAAAGACCCAUAUGCAAGUGGAAGAAGACAUGCGCAAGGAGAAGAAGAAGAAGGUCAAGAAGGAGAUGGAACAGCAGACAGCACGAGCCAUCGAGGGAAUGCAAGCUGCCGCCGCCGACAGAUCUCGAAAGCGGAAACGCGAUGAGGACGGGGCAGAAGCCUUCAAACGCCGCGUUGAAGUCGAAGCCAAUGCUGUCAAGAGACUGCGAGAAUCUCUUCCGGUUUUCCGCCUGGAACGUGUCAUCAACGCCUUGGAACGGGAUGAAGGUAGUCAGCCGACGGAAAUGGCUGUGCUGCUCACCGCUGCGAGGGAAACUAUCAUCGAUUUGGCUAGGGCGCAACUCCUUCAGAUGGAGCAGAUGUCGAACGUCGUGGAAAAAGAGAUGUUGAACAUUGUCAGAGCUCAGCGGGCGAGAUUGGACGAGUUGGAGGGACGAAAGAAUGCCACAGUGCUGGCUCCUGCGCCUGCGAUCGCAGCCACCACCAAACCCAUGGGGACAGAAGCAGAAGCCUUCAACGACACUUCUUCGGCUGGUUCAGACGACAGCAGCGAUGAUCUAGAUGUCGAGGUUAUCGAAAUGCCCAAGCGAUUCGCCGGCCGGGGAGGUGCUACAAAAGCACCAAACACCCUGGGGCACUGCUCAACCCAGUGA